UCUCCAGGACGGUCUUGCAGGUGGCACCACGUGGCUACGAGGAUCCCAGAGUGGUUGCUCCUGGGGCUCUUCCUGUUGCCCCCGAAAGAGCCUGAGCCCCACUCACGACCCGCAGCUGCCCUGCAAGAAGCCCACCAUGCUGACAGAAGACAUGAAGCUCUGGCACGGCCUAGUGAUCGCGGGGGUGUCCCUCAUCCUCCAGGCCUGCAUCCUUGCAGCCAUCACCUGCCUGCUUGGCAGGCACAUGGCCAAUGAGAGUGAGCGGACACUGAAAAAGGCCAGGCUCCAGGCCCCCAGGCCCAGCCCUGCCUGCCAGCACCCAGCUGCUGCCAAGGAGAUGAAGGGCGCUCGGGCAGAGAGAAGCACCCCCACAUCGGAGCCCCAUUACAGGCAUGACAGCGACCCAUCCUCAGAAAGCUCCGACAGCUCCGACAGCUCUGACAGCUCGCCUCCCACCUGCCAGGCCACCAUGGAUGUGAAUUAUACACAAAUGAUCUUUUCAGACCCUGGAGGUAUAAAAGAUGACUCUGCCCUGGACUAUGAGAACGUAAAGGAAGCCACAGAUUAUGUCAACGUCAAUCCAAAACUCCACAGCCCCAAUUUCUGGACUUUUGUGAACCCUGCUGUCUCUGAGCCGGUGGAAUACACUCAAGUGGCCAUGUGAAGUCCAAGUUUUUAAUGGGGGCAGUUCUCGGUGAAUUCUUGCACUGAUUUUGCAGCACAAUUUCUUUUUCUUUUUCUUGUUUUCAACAAGGCCUCAGGGGGAAAAGGCCUAUAUCUCAGCAAGAAAGAUUCAGAUGAGAUGUGAGAAAGAAGACCAGGUUAAGUAUGAAAAUAUUGGAGCAUAUCAGAAGAGAAAGCAGUGAAGUCUC